AGUGUGCUGCCGCUGGUCCCGAGUAUCGUGCUCCGAUUCAAAAUCAUCAUAAAGUGAAACAACAUGACAUUUGUUAUCUUGCUUUUCAUCAUCUUGUCGUUGGAUCAGUGUAUAGGACAAGUUAUCGAUAUCGGUGAUGUGUGGGAGAUUAAAUGCCCGCAGGGAUGUACCUGUGAGAUCCAAAAGUAUUCCGAUCUGUCUCUGCAUCAAUGGGCUGGCAUAAACAAAGAUAAUAAUCAGGAUAUACCUUCCGAUGGUGCUGAUCUUAAUAUAAACGACAAUUCAAUGACUCAUGAACUGAUGAAAAUCGCAACAUGCGUGAUUGUUGACAACCCUGAAGAACUUUUGACUAAACUUCCUUCAGAUAUACAGGUUUUGACAUUACUUGAAUCGGGUAGCGGAGAUAUCGAUAUUCUUCUACAAGCUACUACAUUUCAACGAUUCAACGAAUUGAUAUCGCUAGAUAUUCAAGGAAUAGAUUAUAGCGACUCCUCCAUGAAAGAGAUGAAUAAUCAUACAGAAAAAGGCGGCAUUAUUCUCGCAUCUGAUACAAUGUAUCCUCUAGGAUCUACUUUACUAUAUCUAAAUUUGGAACGAGUUAAAUUGUCGAACUUAAAUUUACCAAACAAAGACAAAGCAAAUUUGGUAAUCAAGCCGAUGAAUUCGCAGGAAACGGAGACAGUCGACGAAAACCAGGUGUCUAUAAGCAAUAGCAGUCAAUACAAAGGUCACAGACUUAUUUUUCUGAGUCAACAGAAUAACGAAGAUAAAGAAAUACUGCCAUAUGACAUUUAUAAGCAAGAAUUGGAAGGCUACAGAGAAAAUGUUGAACUGUUUGCUGCGCUUGGUGUUUUAACGCAUUUAAAAAUUUAUGAUUGUAACCUGAAAGAUAUAUCUUGGCACAUGUUCGAUGGCCUUAAUAGUCUUCUUUAUCUCUCACUAGAAAAAAACGGUCUGAAAUUCAUUCCUGAAUUUUGCUUUUAUGGCACACCAAAUUUAAGAUCCCUCUCACUGGCAAGCAACGAAUUACUGACAUUGAAAAGCGUAGACCUGGCAGGAUUGCUUCUAUUAGAACAUCUGGAUUUAAGACAAAAUAAUUUAACGUUCCUGUCAGAGUUAUCGUUUCCGCCUUUCCCUGCACUCGUGAGCGCUGACUUUACGGACAAUCCUCUGGAUUCCAUUUUUCCAAGUACUUUUGAGAUUAUGAAUACGACAAUAAAAUUGUAUCUCGGAGGUAUGGCAUCUAAACUGAAACUGCAGAAGAAUUCGUUAUUAGGUCUACGUCGAGUUGAGAUAUUACACUUGUACAAUCUAGAGAUACCUCUAUUAGAACGUUUUAUCAUGCAAGGAUUACCAUCAUUGACGCAUCUUAAGAUGCGAGGAAACGUCUCGAGCAUCGAUUUUGAUGCGUUUGUCGACCUUACUAAUUUAUUGGAUCUCGAUUUAAGUCAUUGCCAUAUUCAACAAAUUUCUAUGGAUGCCUUCUAUGGUUUAGAAAAAGUUAGGAGAAUUGACUUAUCAAAUAACGAUCUGGAAUCUAUACCGCCUGGUUUAUUCACUGCUCAACAGCAGAAGGAAUUGAGAGAUAUUAUACUUACAAAGAACAAAUUAACUUCGCUACCUUUAGAUUUUUUUAGAAAUUUGAGAUUGCCAAAUAAACAAACGCGAGUCCAAAAUAUAAGAUUGGACGAUAAUCCUUGGGAUUGUGCAUGUAUCAUGAUCAAUUGGAAUCCUAAUCUGGUAAAUAGAAAUAAGGAAACAGCUCCACGUUGUUCAACGCCAAAACGAUUACAGAAUUGGGGUGUCUUCUAUGCAUUGCGCAAAGGUGGUUUACAAUGCAGAAGCCCGAGGAAAAGGUACCUUCGAAAAUUUUUAAAGACGAGAAACUCUGAAGAGGAUAACAAUAUCAGUUAGCUAAUCUCUCUUUUCAAAUUGUAUGUAUCUGUCGAUAUACACAGAGAGUUAAUAAAAGAAAAAUACAUUAAAAA